GUGGUUAUGUUGGUUCUAUGGAUUCGUUCUACGGAUGUUCUUUGGUGUUGGCGAGGACUUCUUCUUAUUCUCUGAAAUCAGGGAAUCACCAAGAGGCAAGUUUCAUGGUAUUUGUUUUUGAAUUGGGUUAACAAAAAUUUAAACUUCAAAAAAAAACAAGAAUUGAAUUGUUUCUGAUUUUUGAACGACAGAAUUAUAUCGGUUUAAUUAAAGAAAAAAACCCUUAAAUAUUUCGGCUAUUUGAUAAGGGCCUAACGUGAAAACUUUCCACAAAUAUAAUUACCCAAUGGAGAACCUUCUAGAGACUUGUUAUGAAACGGACCUGUUAUACCGUCGAUAGAGAAAACGCCGUCGUCUCGGAUGGACCUUUCAGACUCCGGGUCACUAGAUACCGAGAGAUGUGGGUCUUGUAGAAUCUGGCACGCGCAAGCCACACUCCCUUUUUAUCCUUAACCACAUAUUUUUUUGUCUUUCUAAAUCGUCAUCCUUGUUCUUCGUUUCGUGAGAGUCUACAAAUCUGAGUUGUCCGCUUCUUCAUCAUUUCUCUAGAAGACGAGCGAAAAUAUUAUCUAGAUUAACCUAACCGCCUUCUCCUCCAUAAUACAAAGGUGCUUCUCUCAUUCGCUGAUCAUCAUCUCGUGAAUAUUCUCCGACAAUUAGUUUCUGUUACAUCGAAAAAUCCGACCAGGUUGAGAUAUGACUUCGUAUAUGAGUUCUGCUCCUUCAGUCACAAAUCUCUGGACAACACCUAACAACGUGAUCCAAUUAGCUGAUAUGGUAUCCACUGAAUCAUACCACUUGUUGAGUGGGAAGAAGACUCUUAUCUUCUCCCUCAGGCCUACCAAGAGUUUUCCACUAUCACUUACUCAGAUGAAGAUCAGAGUUCCGAGAACCUUAGCUUUUGCCUCAGCGAAAGGGAAAGGCAAAGCUGAAAGCGGAGUGGAGGCGGCUAUCGUUGGUGAUAAUAAUACCUCCACAGAACGUAACUGGAGUUUCGACUUUCCAGAGUCCAAAGCUGAGUUUUGUCUUGUAGACUCAGAGGCAUGCCAAAACCUGUCUAGUCUUCUUGAAAAACUCAAUGCUCUUCGCUCACAUCUACUAGCAGCAGAGAAGUGGAACGCUUCUAGACUUCAGUCAUGUGACAGCAAAUAUCUACAAUGUGCUACAAACUUAAUCCAUUAUAUGGCUUUGAGGUCAUUGGACACUGAGCAGCUCAACAGUUAUCUUGCUUCUCUUGGUCUGUCAAGUUUAGACAACAACAACAAUCUGUCUGUUCUCUCCAACCUUGACGCAACCAUUAAUCUGUUGAUGAAGUCUCCCAUGGAAUCUUGGAAGCAGCAGAAGGGUAAUAAGAUUAUUGAGAAGAAUGAUAAAGGAAGGGUAUUAUCAUCAUAUAAAGAGUCAUUACUUGGUAAGCUUCGUGAGGGGAAAAGAACUCAUAUCAUGGUAACCGUUGGUAAAGAAGCAACCGAGAGUGAAACUUUUAUAACAGACAUUCUUAAGGCUGGCGCUUCGGUUAUCCGUAUAAACUGUGCACAUGGAGACCCCACCAUUUGGGGUGAGAUCAUCAAAAGGGUAAGAAGAACCUCUCAGAUGCUUGAGAUGCCAUGCCGCGUUCUUAUGGAUUUAGCUGGACCAAAACUGAGAACUGGCACCUUAAAACCUGGUCCAUGCGUGAUGAAAGUUUCACCCAAGAAAGAUGCUUACGGAAACGUGGCUUCUCCUGCUAUUGUAUGGCUCUCUGUAACAGGAACAGAACCUCCUCCUCACCUUUCCCCUGACGCUACUAUAUUCGUACAAGACCAGGAGUUUCUUGCUGGUCUCCAAAUUGGUGAUUCUGUAAGACUAUAUGACGCUAGAGGGAAAAAGAAAAAGCUUAGGAUCUCAAAAGAGUUUGAUGUUUUCUCCAGUACUGGAUUUGUGGCUGAAUGUUUUGACACUGCUUAUGUUGAGUCUGGAACUGAGUUAUGCGUUAAGGGAAAUAAAGGGAGACGUUUGCUUGGUGAAGUAGUGGAUGUUCCUCCCAAGGAAUCUUUUGUAAGGCUCAGAGUGGGUGAUUUGCUAGUCAUAACCAGAGAAGGAUCCUUUGAUGAACCUUCUGUAACUGUUCCAGGAGCUCAUAGGCUAACUUGUCCUUCAGGUUACUUGUUUGAUUCGGUCAAGCCAGGGGAAACCAUUGGUUUUGAUGACGGCAAAAUCUGGGGAACAAUCAAAGGAGCUAGCCCUGCAGAGGUGAUUGUCUCCAUCACUCAUGCUGGUCCCAAAGGUACGAAACUAGGAUCAGAGAAGUCUAUAAACAUUCCUCAGAGUGACAUCCGUUUCAAAGGCCUGACUUCAAAAGAUAUCAAAGAUCUUCAGUAUGUAGCUUCACAUGCCGACAUGGUUGGCAUUUCAUUCAUACGUGAUGUCCAAGAUAUUACAGUUCUUCGACAAGAGCUCAAGAAAAGGAAACUUAAUGAUCAGCUUGGUGUUGUUCUCAAGAUUGAAACGGAAUGUGGGUUUGAGAAUCUGCCCUUGAUUCUACUAGAGGCGAUGAAAUGUUUGAAUCCUUUAGGAGUUAUGAUAGCUCGAGGUGAUCUUGCGGUUGAAUGUGGAUGGGAGAGAUUAGCUAAUAUACAGGAAGAGAUUUUAGCUAUCUGCAAAGUUGCUAGAGUGCCGGUGAUUUUGGCUACUCAGGUUCUUGAAUCACUUGUCAAAUCAGGUGUUCCGAGUAGAGCUGAGAUCACAGAUGCUGCUAAUGGCAGAAGGGCGAGCUGUGUGAUGUUGAACAAAGGCAAACAUAUCACUGAAGCUGUUUCGAUGUUGGACACUAUCCUCCAUACCAAGCUUACUUAUAAGAAGCUGGACUCUGGAAAUCUACAUUGAUGUGCUUAUUACUAGAAAGACAACUUGUAGUUUGGUAGGCCAGUCCAUGAACUGGGUGCGUCCGGUUAAGUCCUAGUUGAACAUUGCGUCUUCUGCACUCGAACCCGUCGCCUUGGAGUCUUUAGCUGUUAUUCUAUUCGUAUAGUUCUAAAAGAAAGAGAUUUUAGUGGGAAUCUAAUAUGUUUUUAGGUUACAAAACAAUCAUUAGUAAUAUCAAAAGCUUUUCCCUCUAGUUCGCUUUAGUUUCCCCCUUUCUCCUACAAUGAAUCCAUCCAUAUUCGUGUUUUUCAAACUAUAAACAACUCGGUUAAAACCCGCGCCUUGCGCAGGAUGAAUGUUGUAUAUUUAAAAUAUUUUUA